UUUGAGUCUGAGGAGGGCUCUAGUUCUCCAGACUACCUUCUUCCAGAGCUAUGUCUGGCUAUUAUACCAACCCGUUCGCGGACCCAGUGGAUGUCAAUCCAUUUCAGGAUCCUUCUGUGACGCAAAUUACUUCUGGUAACCAUGGAAAUUUGGAGGAAUUUAAUCCCUUCACAGAAAAUUCCCAUCUGACAAACCCCAGUCAGAAAACUAUUCCAGUACAGCCUGUGGCGCCUUCCCAACCUUCUGUUCUUCAGCCGUCCGUUGAGCCAAGCCCGCAGGCUGUAGCAAUGGCAGCACAAGCGGGACUUCUACAGCAGCAGGAAGAACUGGACAGGAAGGCAGCUGAGCUGGACAAAAAGGAGCAAGAAAUGAGAAACAUAAAUAUUAAUUUAAGGCAGAAUAACUGGCCUCCUUUACCUCCAAAAUGUCCUAUUAAACCCUGUAUCUAUCAAGACUUCUCCACAGACAUCCCAGCAGAUUAUCAGCGCACCUGCAAGAUGGUUUACUACUUCUGGAUGUUACAUGCAGUCACCCUGCUCCUCAAUGUCCUUGCCUGCCUGGCAUACUUUACCAGCUACACCAGUGGGGCAGUGGAUUUUGGCCUGUCUAUCUUGUGGUUUGUCAUGUUCACUCCAUGUGCCUUCUUGUGUUUGUACCGGCCUUUAUAUAAAGCUUUCAGGACCGACAGCUCCUUUAAUUUUUUCCUGUUCUUCAUAAUAUUCUUCUGUCAGAUUGUAAUAUACAUCAUACAGACAGUGGGAAUCCCAGGCUGGGGAGACAGUGGUUGGAUUAUGGCUGUGUCUAUGUUAAAAACCAAUGUUGCUGUUGCAGUUAUUAUGAUGGUCAUGGCUUCAUUCUUCACAGUCUGUAGUGCUUUCUCUGUUUUCCUGCUCAAGAGGGUUCAUUCCAUGUAUCGUAGGACAGGAGCCAGCUUCCAGAGAGCACAGGAAGAAUUUUCCCAAGGCAUCCUCUCCAACCGUAAUGUUCAAAAUGCAGCUGCCGGAGCAGCCACAUCUGCUGCCAGAGGAGCUUUCCAAGGAAACUGAGCUACGAUACUUUCCCUUUCUCUCCCCAUUCUGGCUGUUCUGAAGAUCACCCCCUCCAGACUAAACAGCAUUUUUGAGAGUAAAAUCAGAUCGUAUCUCUCUUAAAGCACCUGAUCUCCUUCUUAAGCCUCCAGUAGCAGACUCCAGCACUCCACAUUUAAACCCCUCUCCUCCUCAAGCAAGGAA